GCGUCGUUUCUUAGACCGGACACGCCGCUAGCAGACGACACGCGAGCGACGCCGUCAACGGCUGCCCCGCUGUGGUUUUCCCGAACCCCGUCGGCCCAACCAGUCCACUCUGUGCACGCUUGCAUUCGUCUGUGUCAACGUCAGCGGAAGGGGUUCUUCUCAGCUGUCUCAUUCAAUCAUCACGUCUCGCAGGCUCUGCAAGACCGCCACCGUAAAGACCCGCCGAGACACCACGGAAAUUGCAUGAUGCAGAUCAUACCCGCAAUGGUCUGCGGUACCUCAAUCGUCUGCUCGAUGAACGGUACUCCAUAACAGAAUUCGAUUGAACCUCAAUCUGCUUUGAAGAGGACAUUUGUUACAGUUCGGCGGCCUCGCGUGCGACGUGUCGCUGGUGACGUUCUGGCUGCGAACCUGGUCAAGCUGCCUUGUGGGGAACAUAGAAAGAUAAGAGGAAUCUGAAAGGCUGCCGAACGCGCGAGCACCCCUGGCGUGACCGAAGCGGUGACAUCGCGCGCACUUCGAUCAACCAUGGGCCCCGUAUUGGCGCGAAUGAACUCGCUCACCGAGGGCGGCUUCUGUAUCUCGGUGGUAACGGGCGACCGACGUGGGGCCGGCACCGAUGCCAACGUCUGGAUGCGGUUGCAUGACAUCGACGGCAGGAAGUCUCCCGUAAUCACGCUCAACCACACCUUCAAAAACGACCACGAACGAGGCGAAACGUCGUCCUUCUCCAUCAAACCAAUCCACAAUUUCGGAGCGCUCGCCAAGGUGGAAGUAUGGCGCGACAGCUUCGGAUUCGGCCACGCGUGGUUCGUAGACCGCAUUGAGGUUCAGGACCAGUUGUCGGGUGAGCUGUACGUGUUCCCCUUCCACCGGUGGCUGCCAUCCGAGAGGCACUUUUUUGUCGCACUCUACGACUGCGUGCUGCCCCACGAUGACCCACACCAGGACCAGCGGAGACAGGAACUGCAGCGGAAACGCAAGCUGUACCGCUACAAGGCCUGGAUCCCGGAGGGACCCACACAGGCCUACCGCCUUCCCGAGGAUGAACAGUUUAGUCACGAAUACAAGUGGGACAUUGUCUCGAUGAAGGCAAGGAUGAUGGUCGAAACCAAACUUAUUAUGAUCAAGGUCACCCACUGGCAGUCGAUGGACGACCUGCGUCGGGUCUACAAGUACAGUCUUGGAGAGCCCAGAUGUCUCGAUCACUGGAACGAAGAUCGAUGGUUUGGUCUACAGCGGGUUCAAGGCGUCAACCCUUUUCUCAUAACACUUUGCAAAGCCAUUCCGGAAAAGUUUGGCGUGGAAGAAUACAUGGUCAGCCCAUUCCUGGAAGGAAUGACCUUGGACGAAGCAAUGCAGAGAAACAGAAUCUUCAUGACGGACAUUGCACUCGUCGAAGGUGUCCCCCUCAUGACCAAGGAAACACUGUGGGGAUCCAUGGCGCUCUUCUUCCUGAACAAGAGGAACGACCUGAUGCCCAUCGCUAUACAGCUUAGGCAGCAGAAAGGCCUAGACAAUCCCGUGUUCCUGCCCUCCGACCCACCGUUUACGUGGAUAGCGGCCAAGAUGUACUACAACAACUCGGACGCCAGCUACCACCAGUCAUGCUCGCACCUAGGAUUCACGCAUCUGCUGAUGGAAGGCGUCACCGUCUGCACGCAUCGCAACCUGAGCCCUUCGCACCCCCUGUUCAAGCUCAUGGCGCCACACUUCCUGUUCUUGAUUGCCAUCAACACCCGUGGCAUCAGUAAGCUCGUCAGCCCGGGAGGCUGGGUGGACAAGACGCUGGCUGUCGGAGUCAAAGGGAUGUUCGAGAUCAUUCGCAGAGGUCUAGAUGUCUGGAGGCUCGAUGUACAUGGAAACCCGGAGAAGGACAUAGAGUCAAGGGGGGUACUCAGUUCGGAGGUUCUCCCGUGGUACCCGUACCGGGACGACGCAAUUAGGAUCAACGCGGCGAUCAGAAGAUACGUCGCCAAGGUUGUCAACUAUUACUAUGACACGCCAGAAAAGCUCGAUAACGACUACGAACUGCAGCAGUGGAGAGACGAACUCGUCAAAGAACGCCAUCUGACGGGCGUUGGACUAAAGGGUGUGCCCGGCGACGAGCACGGCUGUUUCACCAACGUGGAGCAAGUUAUCGACACUGUGACGGCCAUCAUCCAGCAGUGCAGUGUAGGACACGCGGCGGCGAACUUCCAGCAGUACGAGGAGUACGCCUUCCCGCCCAACUACCCGGCGUUUCUCUACAAUGGACCGCCCAAGGACAAGAGGGCGUGGACGCAAGAAGACAUCGUCUCCAUCCUACCGUCCCGGCAAGUCACGCUCGACAGCAUGAUCAUCACGAAGCUUCUCAGCAGCAAGGGCACCAACUCGCUGGGGGACUUCGAGAUCCAGUACAUGUACGAGCCGUACGCCGUCAAGGCAGCCGACGAGUUUCGAGAAGAAUUGAAGUUGAUCAGCGAAGACAUCAAGAAAAGAAACUGUUGCAAAGACAUCCCCUACCCGUAUCUCGACCCGGAGAUAGUUCCGAAUUCCAUCAGCAUUUAGGAUACGCAAACCACCGUGUACUAGCCCAUCAGGCAGUACGAGGGAAUCUGUUUAAUACCCAUCAUCAAACCCGACGACCACAGUCACUGCUCAAUUGUUUAUUUAAAUUUUAUCACAGCUGUACAUAAACACGCUAUCAUUCUGCCAAUAUGCAAGCGACGUGCGUUUCCUCUAACAAUCUGCGUCAAAUAAAAAUGCUGUUUAUUAAGCUGAGAAA